CCUGAAAAAUAAGGGAGGUGACAGCCAGGAGGGGGUCUUGGAGAAACACGCCUCUUCCUCCUUGUACCUUCUAGAAAGCUGCCUUUUCCUUUCCAGUGGAUAGUGUCUGACCCCCAAACUUCAGGUGGGACGUUAAUGCACCUUUCAGCUCAAAAAUUCUGCUUGCAUUUUUUUUUCUUCUUCAUAUUUCUACAACUGUUGCCAAUGGGGAGGGAGCCGGGGUUAGAAGGGUUGACACUGAGAGGCGUCACCCGCUGACCCGCUCCGUCGGUUCUCUUUGCGCAGGGACCUGAUGCCCAGAACCCUGGACGGGCAGAUCACCAUGGAGAAGACGCCCAGCUACUUCGUGACGCGGGAGGCGCCCGCGCGCAUCUCGGCCAUGUGCAAGGACACCAAGCUGAUCGUGGUGGUGCGCGACCCGGUGACCAGGGCCGUCUCGGACUACACGCAGACGCUGUCCAAGCGGCCCGACAUCCCGCCCUUCGAGAGCCUGACGUUCCGCAACCGCAGCGCGGGCCUGGUGGACGCGUCCUGGAGCGCCAUCCAGAUCGGCCUCUACGCCAAGCACCUGGAGCGCUGGCUGCGCCACUUCCCGCGGCGCCAGCUGCUCUUCGUGAGCGGCGAGCGGCUGGUGGGCGACCCGGCCGGCGAGCUGGGCCGCGUGCAGGACUUCCUGGGGCUCAAGCGCAUCAUCACCGACAAGCACUUCUACUUCAACAAGACCAAGGGCUUCCCCUGCCUGAAGAAGGCCGAGGGCAGCGGCCGGCCGCACUGCCUGGGCAAGACCAAGGGCCGGCCGCACCCCGCCAUCGACCGCGCGGUGCUGCAGCGGCUGCGCGACUUCUACCGGCCCUUCAACCGCAAGUUCUACCAGAUGACCGGGCACGACUUCGGCUGGGACUGA